AUGAGUAAUUAUGCACAGUAUGAAUACCUUGAUAUUUCAGUCAGUGAUCCUCAACUAAGAAGAGAUGAUAAAGGAGAGUAUACUGUUUAUAAAGUACAUUUUGAUACAACAUUUGAAGAAUACAAAAUAAAAACAAAGGAUGUGUAUCGUCGUUAUUCACAAUUUGUUGAGUUGAAAAGACAGUUGGAGAUUCGAUUUGAAGAAAAGAAAGACAAAAUGGCUAAAUUCGGUACAAUCCCACCUCUUCCUGGAGAUACAAUCUUUUCACUUUUUGGUCGUGGAAGAUUUGAUCCAGCUUUUGUUGAUGAUAGAUGCAAAAAGUUAGAUGCAUGGAUCAAAGCAAUCUGUGCACAUAACAUGCUCCGUUUUGAAAAGGUAUUUAUUUCUUUUCUUGAACAAGACAAUUGGGAAGUUACUAGUUGGUAA